AUGGGAACAAGUGUGUUUCCCAAAGGAAAUUGGUGGGCUGGGAAUAAGAAAUUUGAAGAAAAUUUAAUUCUGUUCUUCUUAGUAAAUGGUUAUGGAGAUUUGCUACUGAAAGAAAUGCAUGGUGGAGAAACCUUAUUGCAAUUUAAGGUGGGGAAUGGGGAUAGAAUUAAGUUUAGGAAGGAUCCCUGGUGUUCAGAGGUGUCUUUGGAAGAAGCUUUCCCCCUCCUGUUCCAAAUCUCUGUGAAUCAGGAUUCUUCUAUAGCUGAGAAUUUUAUUGCUUCUGGUGAUUCCAUUAUUUGGACUCCGCUUUGCAGGAGAAGCUUGUUUGAUUGGGAGGUGGAAGAGUAUGCGGCACCGUUGGGGUUGCUUCAAAAUCAUAUGGUUGAUUUAAGCUUGGAGGAUGAAUGGAACUGGAAAUGGAAUGCAGAUGGUUGUUUCUCUGUUAAAUCCAUGGUUCUUAACCUGUAUUGUCCAGGUCAGGAGGAUUUCCUUGCUAGGCAGAUUUGGAAUUCAUCUAGUCCCUCUAAGAUUAAUUUUCUGGUUUGGACUAUGGCUCUUGAUAAAUGUUUGACUAGAGUUAAUCUGGAGAGACGUGGCAUUCAGAUUCUGGAUCUUUCGUGUGGCUUGUGUGGUACUCUUGCAGAAUCUAUUGAGCACUUGUGUAUCCAUUGCCCAAUUUCUUCGUAUGUCUGGGGGCACUUCCUUAAGGCCUUGGAGAUUAGUUGGGUAAUGCCAAAUUCAAUGAAGGAGCUGCUGAACUGUUGGAGAAUUGAGGGCCUUAGCAAGAAAGGAAAGCUUGUUUGGAAUUCCAUUCCGGCAGCAGUGCUUUGGUCCAUUUGGACUGAGAGAAAUAACAGAAUUUUCUGUUGUAAAGCAAAAAGCCCAGAUGAAAUAGUGCAGAGAGCUGUGGUCUUGGAUGACAUUGUAGUCUGA